UGGUAGUAUUAAUACUCUCGUGACGUCAUAAUGACAAUAGUGUCACACAAUAAUUUGUUGCUACAGGUCAAAUAGGAUCGGUUAGGAUCGUUAGGAUGGAGGAGGCCCAUGUAGAAAUGGGAAGGAAUGGAAAUUCCAAUAAUCAAGGUGAAGCGAAGGCUGCAACUUAUUUACCUGGGCAGCCGCUUAAAGAAGACGAAGAACUUGUAUAUGAUGAGUCUGUAUACGUGAUGCUUCAUGAAGUUCAUACAGGAUCUCCUUGCCUUAGUUUUGAUGUUAUUCUGGAUGGUCUUGGGGCUGCCAGAGAAUUGCAUCCACUGUGUGCCUAUGUCGUAGCCGGAACUCAGGCUGCCCGAACCCAUACAAAUAACAUAUUGGUAAUGAAGAUGUCAAAUAUGCAUAAGACGCAAAAAGAGAAAAAGGAAGAUGAAAGUGAUGAAGGCAGUGACGAUGAUGAUGAUGACGAUGACGAUGAGGAAGCUCAGAAUAAAACUCCACAUCUCGAAUGCGCUCGAAUUAAACACCAGGGUUGUGUAAAUAGGAUACGUGCCAUAAAUUACAACGAUACCAUUUUGGCAGCAACAUGGUCUGAAUUAGGACGAGUACAUAUAUGGAAUUUAACAGAACCUUUGCGUGCUGUUGAUGAAAAAGUGGCCAUGGAUCGUUAUAAAAAUGGUGUAGUACCAGUUCCAAUUUUUACAUUUUCUGGCCACCAAACAGAAGGAUUUGGAAUGGAUUGGUGUCCUACUAUGUCAGGAGUGCUUGCUACUGGAGACUGCAAACGGAACAUCCAUAUAUGGAAUCCUGCAAGCGGAGGAAGCUGGCAUGUUGAUCAGAGGCCUCUGAUAGGACAUACUGACUCUGUUGAAGACUUGCAGUGGUCACCAAAUGAAAGGAGUGUUUUGGCAUCCUGUUCUGUUGAUAAGAGUAUUCGUAUUUGGGAUACUCGUGCAGCUCCUAGCAAAGCUUGUAUGCUGACUGCAAAUUGUGCUCAUGAAAGGGACGUUAAUGUUAUCAGCUGGAACCGAAAUGAGCCUUUUAUAGCUUCAGGUGGUGAUGAUGGAAUGUUACAUAUAUGGGACCUGAGACAGUUUCAGAGUGAGUCUCCAGUAGCAACGUUUAAGCAUCAUACCCAGCCGGUAACCACAGUUGAGUGGCAUCCCACUGAAGCCACUGUGUUUGCCUCUGGAGGUUGUGAUGAUCAGAUUGCAUUAUGGGACCUUGCUCUUGAAAGAGAUACUGAGGAUUGUGAAGAUGAUAUCAAAAUAUGGAAGUCACUUCAGAUUUUACAUGCAUAUAUAAACCACAACUACUUUUAUUGUUAUGCUCUUGAGUUAACGUCCUUUGAGCAAGUAUGAAAAUUUAAAGAUUCAUAAAACAGAAGUGUGUUCAGCAUUGCUGUGAAGAAACAAACAGAACUUGAAACAGGUGAAUUCAAGUUUGGCCUGGUGAAAACAUCAGAGAAACAUGAGUAUAAUUAGGGUUGAACCUGAUAAAGUUACCCAGUCUUCAUAAAACUCUGAACAGCGUGCCUUUGGAGAAAAUUACUUUUCAUGCUUCUGAACUUCCUCUUGUCAACAAUAUGAGCAUGGUUGUUUUGUUUCUUGAAUACUGGGUGCAAUUCGAAGUAGGUUCUUGAAGUUCUGGCAUUUGAUAGAUUGUAUGGCUUUGGGUAUGUUAGAGAACAUUUAGACUAGGGAUGCCUUUGGUCCUGAUAUUAUGUUUGAAAAGGUAACAGAGAAGCAGAACUGAUGAAAGAGAUUAAGACUGAAUUUCUGAAAACUAAAAUACUGUACUUAGAGAAAUGGAAGGUGAAUUCCUUUGAAAGUAAGCUCUUUCAUUCAGCAUAUAAAGAGUUUUUCCAACUUUGCUGCCAGUUGUUGAAACAUUGCAUUGUGUUAAAUCAUUUGCACACAAAUUUUUUUAAAUUUUUAAUUUUUUCCCCCAGAAUUUGUAUAGGGUGGGAGGUGACAUGUAAUACCUUGUUUAUAGCCAAAAAUUGCUGCACAAGCCAGGUUAAAUGAGCGUGUGUUCUGUAAUGGUGGAUUUGCAAGUUCCUGGUUUCCCUGUUUUUCCUCUGCUUAUGACAUGCUGCACACAUAUUUCUCAGCUCUUGCAAAUGGAAAUGAGGUUUAAUAGUCUGACCUUUUGGGGCACUCUUAUGAUCAGACCUGUACAGAUCCUGGGAUCCAGGUGCAAAGAAUUGUUUCCUUGUUACUGCUAGCACAUGAUCCAUCAUAGUUGACUAGCAGAAUAGUUUCUCUUUUACUUUCCUAUCCUUUAUCCAUGUUACAGUAUUAUUUCCUUCCCUACUUUCUCCCAUAUUGCUUUCCCACCCCUUUUUGUUAUUCCUAUUGCCCCCUUCUUCCAUCUUCUUUACAUUAAAAUAGUCCCCUGUUCUUCCAUUCCUUUAUCCCUUUAUGUUCCUGUGUUUCCUAUAUAUUCCUUUCUCAUCCCUUGUAUUUGUGUGCUCUCAGUAUCCUAGCAGUGAUGUGUUUGGCUGUUUAAUGUUUGUAUGUAGAUGUCUCAGUUCUAUCAAAAAAGGUCAGAUUUCCUGUCUCAGGCAUAUUGCUUUUUAUUCUGGCUUAUUCUGGAUUUAUAGGAAAUUUCUGCAGGCCUGUUUGUAAUGUACAGUAUUAUUGUAACUGAAGAAAACAAUGUCACUUUGGUUUUGCUUUGCCUUUGGUGAGCUGUCUGUGGGCAUGAUAUGGGUGGGGAUUUCCACUGUGAUGAUUGCAGUUUUAAUUUUGGGGUUAUGAGCAUAUUUUCAUAUAAACUUGUUUCAUUAACACUGUUUUUAUGUUUUCAUCAGUGUCUCGACAUGUCAUUACAGUGAAUUCUAAAUUUUGUGUUCUGCAUUUAGUGAAACCCUAUCUUGAUGAAAACAAUUUGAAACCGGGUCUAGAAAACUUACAUUACAGAGUUGACAUACAUUGUAAUGAGAGUUGAUGGAGCACCAGAGUUCUGUUGUUUGUGGACACACUAGUAUGAUAUCUCAUGACCGCACAAUUUGUAUACGUGCUCAUCCAAUAAAGGGCUUGGUGCUUACCAUAUUGGUUCUGUUAAAUGAUACUGAUGCUAAGCUGAGAGACUUUUUUAUCAGUGAAACAUCAGGAAAAAAAAAGAUUUCACAUUUCAAUAAAUAUGGGAACUGGAAAGGGAAGAAUAAUACUUAAUAUUUUGUUCAUGCAGCCACCUUAUGUGGACGUGUGUCCGAGCGACUCUGAUGUAGUAUCAGCGCCUAA